AUGAUCGUUUCCACCUAUUCCACUUUCUUUCUUACUUUCUUUUAUUCCUUCUUUCUUUCUUUCUUUCUUUCUUUCUAUUUAUAUCGUUCUGAUCAUUAUCUAUCUAUCUAUCCAUCCCAUUCUGCUCCUGUUUUCUUUCUUUCUUUCUUUCUUUUUUUCUAUUCUAUUUCGACUCCUAUCUAUCUAUCUAUCUAUCUAUCUAUCUAUCUAUCUAUCUAUCUAUCUCAUUCUGCUCCUGUUUUUCUUUCUUUCUUUCUAUUCUAUUUCGACUCCUAUCUAUCUAUCUAUCUAUCUAUCUAUCUCAUUCUGCUCCUGUUUUUCUUUCUUUCUUUCUAUUCUAUUUCGACUCCUAUCUAUCUAUCUAUCUAUCUAUCUAUCUAUCUAUCUAUCUAUCUAUCUAUCUAUCUCAUUCUGCUCCUGUUUUUCUCUCUUUCUUUCUAUUCUAUUUCGACUCCUAUCUAUCUAUCUAUCUAUCUAUCUAUCUAUCUAUCUAUCUAUCUAUCUAUCUAUCUCAUUCUGCUCUUUUUUCUCUCUUUCUUUCUAUUCUAUUUCGACUCCUAUCUAUCUAUCUAUCUAUCUAUCUAUCUAUCUAUCUAUCUAUCUAUCUAUCUAUCUAUCUCAUUCUGCUCCUGUUUUUCUCUCUUUCUUUCUAUUCUAUUUCGACUCCUAUCUAUCUAUCUAUCUAUCUAUCUAUCUAUCUAUCUAUCUAUCUAUCUCAUUCUGCUCCUGUUUUCUCUUUCUUUCUUUUCUAUUCUAUUUCGACUCCUAUCUAUCUAUCUAUCUAUCUAUCUAUCUAUCUAUCUAUCUAUCUAUCAUCUAUCUAUCUCAUUCUGCUCCUGUUUUCUCUCUUUCUUUCUAUUCUAUUUCGACUCCUAUCUAUCUAUCUAUCUAUCUAUCUAUCUAUCUAUCUAUCUAUCUAUCUAUCAUCUAUCUAUCUCAUUCUGCUCCUGUUUUUUCUCUCUUUCUUUCUAUUCUAUUUCGACUCCUAUCUAUCCAUCUAUCUAUCUAUCUAUCUAUCUAUCUAUCUAUCUAUCUAUCUAUCUAUCUCAUUCUGCUCCUGUUUUUUCUCUCUUUCUAUUCUAUUUCUAUUUCCUAUCUAUCUAUCUAUCUAUCUAUCUAUCUAUCUAUCUAUCUAUCUAUCUAUCUAUCUAUCUAUCUCAUUCUGCUCCUGUUUUUCUCUCUUUCUUUCUAUUCUAUUUCGACUCCUAUCUAUCUAUCUAUCUAUCUAUCUAUCUAUCUAUCUAUCUAUCUAUCUAUCUAUCUAUCUAUCUCAUUCUGCUCCUGUUUUUCUUUCUUUCUUUCUAUUCUAUUUCGACUCCUAUCUAUCUAUCUAUCUAUCUAUCUAUCUAUCUAUCUAUCUAUCUAUCUAUCUAUCAUCUAUCUAUCUCAUUCUGCUCCUGUUUUUUCUCUUUCUUUCUAUUCUAUUUCGACUCCUAUCUAUCAUCUAUCUAUCUAUCUAUCUAUCUAUCUAUAUAUCUAUCUAUCUCAUUCUGCUCCUGUUUUUCUCUCUUUCUUUCUAUUCUAUUUCGACUCCUAUCUAUCUAUCUAUCUAUCUAUCUAUCUAUCUAUCUAUCUAUCUAUCUAUCUCAUUCUGCUCCUGUUUUUCUCUCUUUCUUUCUAUUCUAUUUCGACUCCUAUCUAUCUAUCUAUCUAUCUAUCUAUCUAUCUAUCUAUCUAUCCCAUUCUGCUCCUGUUUUCUUUCUUUCUUUCUUUCUUUCUUUCUUUCUUUCUUUCUUUCUUUCUUUCUGUCUUUUUAUUCCAUUUCGACUUCUAUCUAUCUAUCUAUCUAUCUAUCUAUCUAUGCUCAUAUCAUUCUUUUUAUAA